AACAGUACCACCUGUUUAGGCUGCAUCGUUUUCUAAACUGCGUUUUCCCAGGGAUACAGAAUGGCUGCGCCGAAGCCCACGCUACGCCACCAGGUCAUGCGCAUAUACAAAGACUUACUCUACAUGGGCCGGGAAUACCCCCAGGGAUACGAGUACUACCGCACACGUCUGCACAAGGCGUUUGCGAGUCAGAAGCACCUGACAGACGAAGAGCAGAUCAAGCAGGGAAUCAAGAGGGCAGAGUUUGUGAAGAAAGGUAAGCAGGUACUAUUUGAAAAGAUAUCGAACAUUGCGCCAGCGAUACGAUCCGAUAAAAUAGCGCUACGUUAAAAAUUCAACGGAAUAAGCCUCGUCCGGAGUUCGUCCAAGAAGUCAACAUUUGGGCACUCGAAUGGGCCGGGAUAUCAUAAAACAGCAGUAGACGGUACGCAAGUAAUCUCACACCUUCUUACACCACCAC